AUGGAGGAAACUGCAGCUCUGCUCGCCUCUUCUGUCUCCAAGCAGCGAUUCGCAGGAGUCUCGAAGCUCUCGGAUCAGCUUCGGGCACAGGGAGUGACACCUGCAACCGCUGCCGCUCUAUUGACGCACGUACUGCCUUGUUUACGUGAUCACAACUCGAAGAUCGCUCUGGGUGCACUGGAAAUUCUCGAGCGGCUGCUGCUGGCGCCAGUGGCGGAGAGCACGUUGCGCUCGACGUUCAAGUUGCUCUGGACGAGCGUUGUCGAGCGGCUGGGAGAUAGCAAGCUACAUGUUCGGCAGAAAGCAGUGGACGUUGUUGUUGCAGUGUCGGUGGUGCUGGAUGUGUCGAUAGUGCUGGAAAAGCUUCAGCUUUGUAUGAAGCACAAGAACUGGCGCACGCGCGAGCAGAGUCUGUAUGCAAUGUGGAAAUGUUUGGAGAAGCAUCAUUUGUUCAAAGAAAAACAGGGCGAGCUGUUGGAUGAUGUGCUACAAUCACUCGAGGAUUCGUCAAAGGACGUGCGCGACGCAGCAAUGACUGCGCUGGAAAAGUUUUACACGUAUAUCGGUACCUCGCUAUUGAAUGAUUUGCAAAACAAGAACCUUCGCGCGGGACAGAUGAAGACGCUAGAGGAACGAUUCAAGCAGAUCCCUAAAAGUUCUGGCGUCACUGUACGUGCGCCAUCGUCCUUCGGUACCGCUUCGGUAUACAAUGGCGCUCUCGAGCCAGACAGCAACCUGUCUCAUGCCCUGUCAUCAAAAUGGUCAUCCUCCGAUACGCAGGCUCCCUCAUCGUCAUCUGUGGCACGGUAUUUGGAAUCUGUACGACAUCGCACGGUAAACGAGGCAAAAGCGGUCGCUCUUGUAGCAGAUGGCGAUCGGUCUCCGUCUCGUGAGUCCCCUGGACGAAGUCAGGUCGUGCAAGACUGCAGCUUGCGUGGAACGAGUAGUGACGAUAUCUCCGAUAAGGAUAUUCAAAAACAGCUCGGCGUAGUAUUCAGCAAGCUGCAACAUGACAACGAUUGGGACAAACGGUGGAUGGGUUGA